UAGCCCGGCAGCGGAGAUAAACAGAGCAUCCUCUUCUCACAGAGAGAACUCUGCAAAGAUUCUGAGGGACAAAGAUGCAGAGGGAUGAUCAAUCAAUGGAUACAAGGGGGAGUGCUUGUCGGUGACGUAACGGAUGCUGUUGGGUGAAUGAGCGGAGGAGAAACCUUCUCCCCAGUUCGUUAUGUGCACAAUAAAAUGUUUUAAGAGUUGAAGGCAGCACUCACAGCAAUGGAUAUGGAGAAAUGUCAGUUAACUGCCUGCAUUUAAAAUAGUAGCUACAUGCUUGGAAAUGGUGCAAUCAAACAAGUAAGAAGCCAGCGACACUGAUGCCAGGGUCAAACCGUCGUUGGGAGCACUCAAGAUGAGUUGCGUUGUAGAGCAGGCGGCAGACAUCCUGUCAGUGACAGACCUGGUCCGGGAGAGAUGGAGGGUGGUGAAGAAGAUUGGCGGGGGAGGCUUCGGGGAGAUCUACGAGGUACUGGAUCAACUGAGCCAGGUCAACGUGGCACUGAAGGUGGAAUCUGCACGGCAGCCCAAACAGGUGCUGAAGAUGGAGGUGGCUGUGCUGAAGAAGCUCCAGGGUAAAGAUCACGUGUGUCGCUUUGUGGGCUGUGGUCGUAAUGACCGCUUCAACUAUGUGGUGAUGGAGCUUCAGGGGAGGAAUCUGGCAGACCUGCGCAGAACUAUGUCUCGCGGCACCUUCACCGUCUCCACCACUCUGAGGCUGGGCCGGCAGAUGUUGGAGGCCAUCGAGAGCAUCCACUCUGUGGGCUUCCUGCACCGGGACAUCAAACCGUCAAACUUUGCCAUGGGGCGCCUGGCCAGCACGUGCCGAUGCUGCUACAUGCUUGACUUUGGUCUGGCCCGGCAGUUCACCAACUCUUGUCAGGAAGUGCGCCCUCCUCGUCCUGUGGCAGGGUUCAGGGGAACAGUGCGCUAUGCCUCAGUCAAUGCACACAAGAAUAAGGAGAUGGGUCGCCAUGACGACCUCUGGUCUCUCUUCUACAUGCUGGUAGAGUUCAUGGUGGGCCAGCUACCAUGGAGGAAGGUCAAAGACAAAGAACAGGUGGGGAACCUAAAGGAGGCCUACGACCAUCACCUCAUGCUCAAACAUCUCCCCUCAGAGUUCAGCGUCUUCCUGGAUCAUAUUCUGACCCUGGACUACUACACUAAGCCUGACUAUCAGCUACUAAUAUCAGUGUUUGAGAAUGCCAUGAAGAGCCACAGUGUGUUGGAGAACGACCUGUAUGACUGGGAGAGGUGUGACUCGGAGGAUAUGCUUACCAUCACCGCCUCCGCCACCACAGCUCAGCAAUUCACCCGACUCACACCAGCUUACAUGGGCAUGGCCAACGCCUCGGUGCUCCCCGGCGAGCUGCAGAGGGAGAACACCGAGGACGUACUGCAGGGCGAGCGCCUCAGCGACGCCGACAACUGUCCCCCCAUCCCGGCCCAGCACCAACGUGCUGCCCAGGGUGCCGACGUGUGGGAGGAGUUGGACCGCAACCGCAAACACGCCGCAGCCCAGCAACAUCAAAAACAGCUCAUCAGGAAGGUGGUGAGUGAGGACGAGCACAGCCAGAACCAGGGGGGUAACCAGAGCCCCAACACAGGCUCCGUCCAGAGCUCCCCCAGACGGGUGCGCUCAGAGACCAUGUUCCUGGACCGGGCAGCCCCCCUGCUCCGGAGGAUGAGACACAGCCAGAGCCUGGCCUUCGAGAAGAGACUGGCCCCCGAACCCAAGCCCACCAUCGAACGCUUCCUUGAGGCCUAUCUGGGGAAGCAGCGUCCACAGGAGCGAGAGAAGACCAUCCCCGAGAGCGGUGGGGGGCAGGGGGAGCAGGUUGGCACCCCCUGUGACGAGGACCAGGCGACAGGGACUCCCGGCGGAGUGGGGACCCCUGACCAGGACCAGGAGGAUGGGGCUGGGGCCAGCAGUGGAGGCUUUGUGGCCCUCAACCUUAGCCCCGUGCCCCAGGAGGGAGACUCCCAGGAGUGGGUGAUGCUGGAGCUGGAGCAGGGGGGAGGCAGCGGGGCCUCUGGGGCAGCCAAGCCUCCAGGAGAUGACGCUCUGGAUGGGGAUAAACCAGGGGCCCAAGCAGAGGCCGAGGCCCAGGACCAACAGCCUCCCUCAGCCCCGAUCAGUCCCGUCCAGUCCCACAUGGCCCUGCCCUGUACCUGGUUACUGGGCGGCAAGAGGCUGCCUGGGAUGCUAGGCCACAUGGGCCGAGCUCAGAUGGAGCAGUCACCCAACCCCGUGCCACAGUCCCCCGUGACAGAGAAGAGUGAAGCCAUACCACUAGAGGCCCCGUUCACCAGACCCACCGACCUCCAAGAGGGCAAGGUUGGCGAGAUGGUCCAGUCAGCCCCCAGCCCUGUGCCAAGCCUCAUCCCAGCCCACCUCGCAAACGAUAAAGACCCAGAGAGCGACUCUGGUCUCCCCGACCGUUCCUCUGAACCCAACCAGCGCCCCCAGGUGGAGAAAGCUAGAGGCGCCGCGGAGAGUGCCGGCACUGUCUCCUCCUCACCCCCACCGGUCCUCCUACGAAGGGACUCCCCCUCCUCGUCCAGACUGAGCCGCAUCCCCGUACGAGACCCAACCACUGCCCCGGAUUCCCCCACCCCCUUCACCAUGGACCACCGUCACCGCUGGAGCAGCCCUGUGCCCGGCUCGCCCUCCCACUCGCCCUCGCCAUCCCUCUCCUGCGACAACCUGCUGCCCUGUGGCGUCCGGGAGCGGCUCCUGUCCUGCUCAGACCGCGGCUCACGCUCCGACUGGCUUGGGGAGGACCGCGACUCCCUCUCGCUCUCCUCCUCAGGCAGCAGGAGUAAGAUCCCGCGUCCCGUCAACCCCCCUCCUCUGGGGCCCGAGCAGCAGCAGCAGCAGCUCUCCUCCUCCGGCAGGUUCCUGCCUCGCCCGCCUCCCGGGAAACCGCCCACACGCCUGGCUGUAGACAACAGUAGGCACCGGCGGUUCCGGGUGCGCGCCAGCAGCACCAGCGAUGCUGACUUCCUGGCCAGCCUGACCCAGCUGAUGAAGGACCGCGGCGGCGCACUCUUCAGUCCCCCGCCACGCCCCCGCAGCUCCUCCUCCUUGCUGCAGCGCUCACUCAGCUCCUCCCCCUCCCGUCACGAGCUCCGCGAGGGGUGCGGGGUCUUCCUGGGGCGCAGCUGCUCUCCGUCCAGCUUCUCGGGGUCCCCUCCCCCUCCGCGGUACCCCCAGGACAGGCUCAGCGGGCAGCAGGGAAUACCGUGGGGUGCAGGGCCCGGUGCCAGAGGGAGGGCCUUCAGCCACGAGGGCAAAGGCAGCGGCAAAGUGAGCCGAUAAGUGGACAGAAUGGAAAAAAGUUUUUUGUUCAGAAGCAGGAUAAAUGUUGUCCUGGAGGCAGAGCUGAGUGAUUUCCACUAGAUAGGCCAGCUGCAAAGUCAAAAUUGGCUAUAUAUUAUAACAAUUAGCUUUUUUGGGGGGUGUUGGUCUUAAUAUAUAAUGUUAGGUUUAAAAUGAGAUUUUAUGACUUUGUGGCUGUGUCAGCUAGUGACUACUCUGCAGAGCUGCCUCCAGUACAUGAGUCAUCCCAAUAAAUGGCAACCUGCUGUUCAGAAGGGCACACUGUAGUAAAAAGUUUUGCAACGGUAAACAGAAAUUAGCGUUUCUCAUUGGACACGUUCAGGAGGUACAUCUCCAUUUCACUGAGAUUCAAAACGUUUCCUCCCCACUGCACACGACCCAGACUGCAAUGGUGACUAAGACUGUAAUAAUGUAUGUACAGAGAAUAUACUGGAUCUGGUCUUUGAUAGCAUGUGUAAAUAUAUAUUAUCUACUACUGUACUCCAGGGAAUGUAAAAUGUAUGAUAGAAUGUAUCUAUUUAUUUGUUGGAUGCGUCUCGAACAAAGUACUUGACAAAUGUAGCUCGAUUCCUCAGUCGAAAAGACAAAGGUUUCCUAAAAAAAACCUGUUCUCUCCCCGACCCUAGUCCUGUGCUCUUAACACUAUUUAUGUAUGUAUGUAUGCCAUGAGACCAAAAAGAUCUGUAUUGUAUCAUAUUUGAGGAAUGGAAAGGAGGUCUCCUUUCCCUUUAUGUAUGGACCAUUAGAAAAACCUAGUAUAGAGAGCACUUUAGUGCUGUUCAAUCAAAAUACAUUUUCGUCUUAUUGCACCAACACAUCAGCCUUCAUUUGUGAAGACCAGGGUAUUUAAGCUUCAUUCCUCCUUUCCCUCAGAAACGACUAGAUGAAACAAAAUGUAAUUCAAGCUAUUUAAAAGAAAUGUCACUCACUCUGGCAUAUUUACAAUGUAUUUGUAUGCUUUUGUUGUGAGAAUCUCCUAAUCACUCGUACCGGAUUAAUGUAACAAGUGCAUGGAUAUCAUUGCAAAUACAUUUUUUGUUUUUAUUGUUUUUUAAUCAUUUGUACAGUGUCCGCUAAAACAAAUCAGUAUUUUUUAAUAAACUGGUCCCAAUGAA